AUGAGCGAAGGCCUGCCCUCUGUCGCUCCCCUCCCCCCCCCGCCCGAGCGCGCGGCCGACCGUCGGACGUUGAACACCAGUGCCUGCUGGCUCGGCCUGCAGCGCUGUCGCAGGCUCGGGGCGCGGCUCGUGGUGUACAACACCGAGCCAGGCUAUCCCGGGCAGCCCCGAGCCGUUGCCAGGCUGGCCAGCCGCGUCGGCGCGGCGGAGAUCUGGGAGUAUCCAAUCGGCGUCGCGCCCAGGUGGGAAUCAACAGGGGCAGGCGUUUUCAGAAGGCGGCAUGGUUUCUCAGAAACCUUGCCUGCCGUCUGA